CCUGCAGGGAAAGCUGGGGUGACGCGGCGGCAGCGUCUCAGCUCAGGGGCUUUCCGCCGGCACCGCCGCUGCCGCCUUUUUUCGUUCCCCCUCCCCCUUAUUACAUUCAGCGGAGGCACAAGCCGACCCCUGUCCCGCCAUGAGCAACGAGCAGCCCAAACUGCCCAACAAAGGGAAAUUAGAAAAAACUACGACAAAAUUUUUACCGCAAGUAGAUAAGAUAAACUGCAAACCACUAUGGCAUCAGAAUCCUCUUUCGUUUCAACUCCGAGAAGAAAAGGACAUGCAUGUUCCGGAGCAAUUUUUGUUGAAAAAUGAGUUAACACCAGGAGAAUAUUUGGCCCAGAGAGCUAAAAAGCGUAAAGUACAGGACUCUUCGGGAAAUGAUCCUGAUGCUGGGCCAUCGACUUCUAAAGCAAGGACUGGUGGUAAAAAGGACCGGGAAAAUUUCAGAAGUGCUCUUGUUAAUAUCAUCAUGCAACCAGAUUUCAUUCCAGAAGGACCACUUUACAUCCAAGGAACAAAACCUGGCACACCUGAGUCUACAGCUGCAAUAGAAAAAGAUAUUUUGAAAUAUUUCUAUUACAUUCGCCAUGGCAUUGAUACAGAACAUGUGGCACCGAUGGAAGACUCCUGGCUGGAACAUGUCUUAGCGCUGGUGCCCAAUCAUCUGAAAGUGCUCAAUGAAAGUAUCUAUGCACUCUCUGAUGAAAUGAGAGAGGACUACCUUCUCAGCGUCAAGAAAGCCAUAGUUGACUUUGUUUUAAGAGAUCCCAGGGAAAAAGAGGAAGACAAGCUGCAGGUUCUUCCACCUCAUCGUCAAGAAAUGGAAGUCGUGCCAAAGCCUUGGAAUAAGUCCUUCAUAGCAGCAUGCAACUAUAUAAAUGAAAAUUUGCAUGCAAUGAAUCCCACCAUGUUGGCUGUUCUGGACCUCUGGCAGACAAGUUUCGCCGACCUGCGCUUAGUUGAUAAAGGAGCAUUUCACACUCGUCUGGAAUCAAUGGAGCUCUCAUUCUUCCAGAACAUUGUUGUGAGACAUAUGGAAUCUGCCAAAGACACUCUUUUUAAGAAAUGGUUUCCAGAAGUGCAAAAUAUCUAUUACCAAGGCAAUAAACGGAAGCAAGUGCCCACCAAUGCCAGCAGUGCCAAACUGGAGGCUUUCUUCAACUGUGCCGCAGCCUUAAUGACGCAGCAGCUGCAAAGUCUGGCUUUAGUUUCCAUGCAGGACUUCACCAAUUUAAUUGUCCAGCCUCCAAAAUCUACACGAGCCUACGAACACCCGGGAUUUAUCAUGAGACUAAUUCUUGAAAAUGACAAAGUUAUAUUUGAACCUUCCUUUUCUGACUAUGAAGCCAUAUUUCUAAACAUUUAUUCAGUUAUGGUGAAAGCUGUUAAUCUGUUGCCAAGAGUGGAGACCAAACUUUAUUCAAAAUGGCCUGAGAGUAAGACCAGAGCCAUGAACUUGAAACCGAUAAUCCUUGAUGAAAUUUUGGAGGCACAUAAGCAAAAAAUUAAAGACGAAAUUGCCAAAGAGAGCAUUGCACCCACUGAGCACCUCAAACUCUACGAUAAGUACUAUGACUUGAUCAGCAAGCAAGCAGAUCAGUACAUCGACCAGUUCUUGGUGGAAGAUCACACCUUUGAAGAAAUAACAGCACAAGUCGCCAGGUAUCAAAGCAUCCGGGAUGAAAUCCAGUACACUUCCAGAAAGUGUGUUCGUCUAGGAAUGUUUGAGGUACAUUGUGAUGAACUGAUCCGGGCUCUGGCAAAGCGAGCCGAUGCUAUUUGCUCUAAAAUCAUUGCCAAAAUGUUCAAAGAUCAUCAAGAUCUCAACACGAGGCUUUGUGAUGAGUUUGAGAAGAUAGCAGAGAAGGCCCUUUCUACUCCAUCAAACACACAUGAACUGAUGGAAUUCAAGGCCUACAUAGAGAAAGUGGAAGCAGUCGACAUGCUCGAGAUGGAGCAGAAAUUACUUGAAGCCAAAAAUUACCUUGCUUUCCUGAUAGAGUGUGCAAACUUCUCACCAGUAGAUAUACGACUGAACAACAGUGUCUUUCAGUGGUACGGACGAAUGGGGGACAUUUUCGAGGAACACAGAAAGAUCGUUAAAGAGAAAACAGAACAGUUUCAAGAAGGGCUUAAAAUGCGAUGUGAAAGAUUUGUUGAAGAACUGGAAAGUUAUGCUAAGCAAGUUGAAGAAUUUUACUCUUAUGGGGACAUUCAGGAAGUCAACAGGUACCUGAAAAAAGCACAGGCAUUGAAUGCAAAGCUAGAUGCAGCUGCUGACAAGAUUGAUCAGAUCAAUGCAGAGGAAGAGGCUUAUGGAUGGCCAGCAUCUCAGUAUCCUCAGCGUAAAAAAAUCCAAGAUACUUUGAAUCCCUAUCUUCGCCUUUAUGAUAUGACGGUAGAAUUUAACACUAAGUACCGAAAUUGGAUGGAUGGAAUCUUCACGAAGGUGAAUCCAGAUCAAGUAGACUUGGAUACAGGGAACUACUGGCGUGCACUGUAUAAAUUAGAGAAAACCUUUCACGAUUCACCAAAUGCAUUAUUUCUGACAACAAGGAUCAAGGCAAAAGUGGAAGAAUUUAAGGAACACAUUCCCUUGAUUCAAGUGAUCUGCAACCCCGGUUUGCAAGACCGGCAUUGGGAAGCCAUGUCGGAAAUAGUUGGGUAUUCUCUGAAACCUUCUGAAGACUCCACUGUCUCUUCCUAUAUUGAUAUGCACCUUGAGCCCUACUUGGAAAAGUUUGAAAGCAUAAGCGAAACUGCCAGCAAAGAGCACUCACUUGAGAAGGCCAUGGUGAAAAUGAUUUCAGAGUGGGAUGGCAUGGAAUUUGUUCUCCUCUCUUAUAGAGAAACUGGGACUUACAUUUUAUCAGCUGUGGAUGAUAUUCAGAUGUUGCUGGAUGACCACAUUGUCAAAACGCAGACGAUGAGAGGAUCGCCUUUCAUCAAACCUUACGAAAAAAAGAUGAGAGAAUGGGAAUCAAAGCUUUUGUUGGUGCAGGAAAUCUUGGACGAAUGGCUCAAAGUACAGGCUACCUGGUUGUACUUGGAGCCAAUUUUUAGUUCUCCUGACAUCAUGGCUCAGAUGCCUGAAGAAGGCAGGAGAUUCACCACUGUGGACAAAACAUGGAAGGAUAUCAUGAAAUGCGCCAUUCAGGACAAACAUGUUCUUACAGUGGUCAUGAUAGACAAGAUGCUGGAAAAACUGAAGAAGUGCAACGAGUUCCUGGAAUUAAUUCUGAAGGGACUGAACGAGUAUUUAGAAAAGAAGCGUCUGUUUUUCCCCAGAUUCUUCUUCUUAUCCAACGAUGAACUCCUUGAAAUUCUCUCAGAGACCAAAGAUCCCACACGGGUGAAGCCUCACUUGAAGAAGUGUUUUGAAGGAAUUGCAAGUGUUGAGUUUACUGAAGUCUUGGAUAUUACACACAUGAAAAGCAGCGAAGGGGAGGUGGUAGAACUCAUAAACACGAUAUCAACAGCUAAAGCUAGAGGCCAAGUGGAGAAAUGGUUGGUUGAAUUAGAAACAGCCAUGGUGAGCUCCAUCCACAAGGUGAUUGGUGCUGCAAUAGAAGCCUACCCCAAAACUACCCGCAUAGACUGGGUAAGGGAGUGGCCGGGACAGACGGUUCUUUGUGUAUCCCAGACUUUCUGGACUUCGGAAGUGCAAGCAGCUAUGAAAAAUGGCCAGCAGGCCAUGGAGAAUUACCUGAACCAAUGUAAUGACCAAAUUGAUGGCAUUGUCACCUUGGUGCGAGGGAAGCUGUCCAAGCAGAACCGUGUAACUCUCGGCGCCCUCGUUGUUCUGGACGUUCACGCUAGGGACGUUCUUGCAUCCCUUGUAAGCAAGAAGGUCACGGACGAGAGUGACUUUGAAUGGCUCAGUCAGCUGAGAUACUAUUGGGAG